AUGACGAACAACUGCUUUCCGCCACCGACACUUGGCGUCAGGAACGAUCCUGGCUCCUUCGAGUAUUUCCGCAGCUACGAUGCUCAAGCUGUUGACACCCCAGAAGAGCGCACAGCCAGACCCGGCUUCUGGAGACGCCUCUUCCACAGGAAGGCAGCCGCCCCGAAAGCCACGAAGACAUCCAAAGCCGGCUUUUACAUGCCUGACGAGCCAAAGAACUCACAGGCCGACCCUGCUCAGUCAUUUGUGCGCUCUCGUCCCAACCUUUCGACAAACAUGACUGACAACAGCAGCACCACAGUCCCUGACAUUGCCGUGACUCGUCCUUCGAUUAACGGCAAGAGGACUACCUACGGCAUCCACAACUGGGCAGGCGAAGGGUCGCCUGCUGUAUCUCACGAGAGCGUGCGCUUCUCACAUCCAGCCGUCAAUAGCGUUCGACCGAUCACUCCAAUGUCCAUUUCUGUGGCUGACAAAGAAGACGCAGCCAGCUUCCGCUCCAGCCCUCCAUCUGACGAAGACAGCCCGCCUUCGAGCAGGACUUCGUUGGUAGACGACAAGCAUCUGCGUCCUACCCACGUCUGGCGCCACUCUAGUGCCUUCAACACUGCUGACGGCGAGAGGACCUCAUACCAUGACUUCAAGAAUCGCCUUGACGGUCACAAGCCUCCUUCUUCCGGCCCGAAGCACGCUUCUGUUGAACCAGAUACGAUCCAGGUCGAGCCGAAGAAAGUGUCCGCAGCGCCACCUAGCCUGCAGUUCAUCACCUCCGUCGGAGAGUUCACCAUCGCAAAUGAGCCAGUGUUCAGCGAGGAUGCCGUCUUCGAUGUCGAUGAGCCGACGCACGUCGAGAAGAACCGUGAGAGCACUUUCAACAAGCUCAAGUCCGGAAAUGCUGUCCCGGUCACAGAGACGCCGCAUCCAGCCGUCUUGCUCCCAGCCCAAUACCCGCAAGCUCUUUAUCCAGGCCAGCGACCCUUUUCGCUCCCAACAACCACGGGCGAGAAGACACAAUACACAGCCUACAAAGUCGCACCCACCAUCGCCGCCGUGAUGUCCGAAAAGGCUCAAGGCAAGCAACCAGCUGCCAACGUUCGCCCACCAACGCCAGACUUCGAGCCCAUCCUGCCCGACCACCGCAGACACUACGCCCGCGUCGAGUCCGGCAUCUUCGACGACCUCAACACCGCCGAACUUCUCAACAACCCACCACCACUGGCCGCCGCUCCUCCCAAGGCCAAGAACAUCCCCCGCAGACAAACCCAGCUCAAACACGAGCCACAGCAAGCGACCAGUUCCACCACCCCCGGCCCAUCCAAACCCCGAAAACAGUCGAAGCCUCUGCCCCCCACCCCGCACAAAAUGAACUCGAACCGCUAUCCCAUGAUCGACCCCGCCACCGCCCGGACCUACAGCGCAGAGCCACAAUACCAGCGCCGCUCCGUCGACUGGCUAGAAGCGAAGUUCCGUCGUGAGCAGGCGGCCAAGACCGGCAAGAGUUCAGAGGUCGGGACGUCAUCUGCCAUUGGGAAAGAGGAGCAGGCGCCUGCGGCGCGACCGAUGAGUGCUGGCACGUUGGAUAAGAUGAUCCUGACGAAUCUGCAGAAACAGUCUGUGGAAUUGGAGAGGAAACAGGCGCACGAUGAGAGGAAGCAGGCGGAGGUGGCUGCGCGGCUGCAGGAGAGGGCGAGGGCUAAGGAGAUGGAGGCGAGGUUUGGGAAGGCGGUGGGGUUGUAA